GCACUGGGAAAGCAGCAGUGAAGCGUACAGCCGAGCUACCACCACUCUCCGGCGCCGGCGAGCGGCGGACACGGCGACGGCGAUGGGUCGCCUCCGCCGCGGCGGGGUCGGUCUCCUGCGUGGUGCCGUGGUGCUCGCGUCCCUUCUCCUCGUCGUCUCCGGCGAAGUCAUCUUCGAGGAGCGAUUCGAUGAUGAUUGGGGAAGCAGAUGGGUGAAAUCUGACUGGAAAAAGAGCGAAGGGAAAGCCGGGACAUUCAAACAUACAGCAGGGAGCUAUUCUGGAGAUCCUGACGAUAGAGGUAUACAAACAACCUCGGAUGCUAAGCAUUUUGCUAUAUCGGCCAAGUUCCCAGAAUUCAGUAACAAGAACCGGACAUUGGUGGUUCAGUAUUCGAUAAAGAUUGAGCAGGAUAUUGAAUGUGGUGGUGCUUAUAUCAAGCUUAUGUCUGGCUAUGUGAAUCAGAAGAAAUUUGGCGGUGACACUCCUUAUAGCUUCAUGUUUGGGCCUGAUAUAUGUGGUGAUCAGACAAAGAAACUCCAUCUGAUACUGUCUUACCAAGGGCAAAACUACCCUAUAAAGAAAGAUCUGAAAUGUGAAACUGACAAGUUGACACAUUUUUACACAUUCAUUCUUAGGCCAGAUGCCUCUUAUAGUCUACUUGUUGAUAACCGGGAGAGAGAAUUUGGUAGUAUGUACACUGACUGGGACAUCCUCCCUCCUCGCAAGAUCAAAGAAUCUAAUGCGAAGAAGCCAAAAGAUUGGGAUGACAGGGAAUAUAUUGAAGAUCCUGAUGAAGUUAAACCAGAGGGCUAUGACUCUAUUCCUAAAGAGAUUCCUGAUCCAAAGGACAAAAAGCCUGAGUCAUGGGAUGAUGAUGAUGAUGGUGUAUGGAAGCCUAGAAUGAUACCGAAUCCAGAAUACAAGGGACGUUGGAAACGCAAGAAAAUUAAGAACCCUAACUACAAGGGAAAAUGGAAGAUCCCAUGGAUUGAUAAUCCAGAAUUUGAGGACGACCCAGACCUAUAUGUGCUGAAACCUUUGCAGUAUGUGGGAAUUGAGGUUUGGCAGGUGAAAGCUGGUUCAGUUUUUGACAACAUUUUGAUUUGUGACGACCCGGAGUAUGCAAGAAGUGUUGUUGAUGAAGUUAGGGCUGCAAAUAAAGAGGCUGAAAAGGAGGCCUUCGAGGAGGCUGAAAAGCGGAGGAAGGCUAGAGAAGACGAGGAGGCUCGGCGUGCACGAGAGGAAGGAGAGAAACGAAGAAGAGACAGGGAUCGGCACCGAGGCAGGGACCGUUACAGGGAUAGAUAUAGAGGUCAUCAUCGUAGGUAUGACUACCAUGACGAGCUAUGAGGUCUCCAGAUUAUCCCAUUCUUUCAAGGAACUUCAGGAAGUUAGUGUUGCCCAUCGACUAUUUCAUCACCCAAUUGAUGAUUGUACCAAUAAAAUAGAACAUGUUAUUUCGAGGACAGAACAAAGCUUUAUUUCAGGUGUGGAUAGCACACUACAACACGAACUGAUGCUGUUCACCUGAAACCAAGUAACAAACUGAAGAUGUGAAAGCUAGAACGUACAUUUUUGGGCAGUAACAAUAUGCUAGCGAAGAGGACGAUAUGUUUCCAUCUUCCAGUAAUAUUUCUCCUUAUUAGUGCCUUAGAACAUAGAAAAUAAAUCACUCUAGGUUGUGAAAUAUAAACUGUACUUUCAUUGUACUUCAGUUAUAUAUAUCUGGCAGUGUGUGUUACUAAUGUUCAGAGAGUAAUGUUUUCCUUUCUUC